CCAAGACUGCCAUACGCAAGCGCAGCAUGAACUCACUGUAACUUGAGCCUCAGCACACAUUUUUAGGCUGAGGUGUUCCAUCGUGAUACAUCCGAUGUCUCGAACAUCUUCGAAUUUCAUGGGGCCUGGCUGGAUACUGCGGGCCAUGCACAAGCUCAAGGGUUUCGUGCUCUCGCCGCUGUUCCAGUGUGCGUUGCAGCUGACUGUGGGGAUUUUCAUCAUCUGCUUGUUCACCUUUGUCAGCAAGAUGCGCUUCCUGCAGUCCUGCCUGUCCGCCACGCUGUACGUGGUGUGCAGCGUGCUGGUCAGCCAGGACGGCCACGUGGGCACCAAGCUGCUGGGGUGCGCCAUGGUGUGCGGCGCCGUGCUGUGGGGCUCCACACUGGCGGGGUGCGUGCUGAGCUUUGCGCUGGUCGUCGGGGAGCCGGGCACCUCGGGCCACUCUGCAUUCCUGUGCUGCAUGAGUGCCGCGGUGCUGGCGGUGCUGGUGGUAAACCGCAUGGGCGCCAACCCGCCCUUCCUGUGGGUGGUGGGCAUGAUAUCGUGCCUCUCGUUCGGGAUCACGACCAUCCUCGGCCAACCUCUGAAGGACCAUUCCACGCUCUGGCGCGACGCGGUUGGGAUCUUCCAGCUGACGAUGGCGCUUGGGGCGGGCACGGCUGCGGUGAUUGGCGUGGUGGUGCUGCCGUCGCUGGCCGCGGACGAGAUGCGGGAGCGCGUGGCGGAGGCGAUGGAGGGGACGGGCGCGGCGGUUGCCCGGUAUGCUAGCAUGGCCUUCAAGCCGGAGGCGGACCCCAAAUCCGCCGCCGCCACCGUCCGCCGCGGACCCGGCUACCACGGAGGUGGCAGCAAGCAUAGCAAGGCGCAGCAGCGGCCGCUGCCGGCUGCAGCGUCCCUGUUGCUGUCGGAUGCUACAGCCGGUGGCGGUGGCUACGCCGCUAUGGGGGCUGGUGUGGCGGUGGCAGUAGCAGCAAGGGACGCAGCAGUGGCAGCUGUAGCCGUAGCGGGUGGCGUGACGCCGGACAUCAGCAGCAGCAGUCGGGCCUUGGGCUCGGCUGGGGGGCCAGGGUCGGCAGAAGGGGUAGCGGAUGUGGAAGACCUUCUUUUAGACGACAUUGGAAAGGACUUCAACGAUGAUGACUACCUGCAACUGCUGCGGGACAUGACGGAGCCGCCACACCAACCGCCACACCAACCGCCAGGCCAACCGCUGCCUGCCUUACCUCGCAAGGUGACAGCGAUUUCAGCUCUGGACGCAAGCAGUAAACACGGGGUGCCGGGCGGUGGCGCUAGCGGCGGCGGCUGUCAGCACGCAAAAGCCGCUGCUGGCGGCAUUGACAGCGGCAAAUUGCCACCAGCAGAACCGGAAGACGUGGAGAUGGCAGCGGCGAUCGAGGAUGCUGCUGCUGCUGCUGCUCGCUCUAAUGCCGCUGGUGCCAGCGUUCAUGGUGGCAGUAGCGAGAAGCCGCAGCUGGUUGCGGCGCUGCGGCCGCUGCUGGCGCGCGCCCGCAUGUGCAUCGGCGCCGCGUCCCUGGAGCCGCCCUUGUUCCUGGCCGCGCCCAUCAACCCACCCGCCUGGGGCCGGGUGGUGGGCGCGGCGGAGGAGCUGCUGACACGGGUGGCGGCGCUGGAGGGACUGGUGGGGGACGGCUGCGGAUUGCAGGUUAUGGCCGACGCCUCGCUCACGUGCUACUUCGAGGUGGACAUCGUGCCGUACUUCCGGCGGGUGCACGCCCACGUGGCGGCCACGUGCGCCACACUGGCGGACGCCAUACGGCACCGCGCGCGAGGGGGAGACCAGGCGGCCCGGCAUCGUGGAUCACCGCAGCUGUUCACAUGCAGCGGCUGGCAGCAGACCAAGGCGGAGCUGCGACAGGUGCUGGAGUGGGAGUUCGGCGCGUACUGGGACCGGGCGCGGGCAGCGGCGGCCAGAGGCAAUUCGGCGGGCAAGCAGCAGGACGGGCAGCCCUGUGGGCAGCCGGGAGGGCAGCAGGACGGGCAGCAGGACGAGGCGGCGGGGGAACAGCCAGUGCUCCGGCUUGCGGAGGUUCACCAGAUGCGCGGCAUCGCCUUCAUGUGGACGCUCACCAACAGCCUCAUCGACGCCAUGGAGGGACUCGAGCGCGCGGUGGCGGCGGCGCACGGCAUUGCGAUGCCGCCGCCCACACCCGCGCCCGCGCAGCAGGCGCCGCCGGCAGGGCACCAGCAGCAGAACCCGGCAGGGGAGGGAGGCGCGGUGGCGGUUGCAGUGGCGCCGGCGCCGGCUGCGGGAGGCGGCAGCGGCGGGCAGGCGUUGGCGGAGGGAGUAGAGGGUGGAUACGAAGAGGCGCCCAAGCCGGCUGCGGCUGCGGCUGCUGCCUCCUCGACUCCGCCCGGACCGCCGCCGCCGGGACUGCCGCCGCCCCCGACCUGGUUCCAACACAACUUCGGCUGGGCAGUACAGCUGACACUGGUUGCCCUGGGUCUUCCGCUUGUUACCAGCCUGGUGCACACACUGGGGGCGGAGCUGAGCGCGCUGAGGCGCGGCGAGGGCUGGAAGGCACUGCUGCGGAGCCGCGUGUUCCAGGCCGGCGCCAAGUACUGGGCCUGCCUGGUGACCGUGCUGCUGCUCAUCCUGGGGCUGUCGGAGCGGGGGGACACGGGGUACGUGGCCGCGUACCGGCUGGCCUACGCAUACGAGGCCGCCGCACUGGCCAUGACCGAGCGGGUUGAGGCAACGGUUAGCCAGGUGUCACUGUGGGUGGUUGGCACGGCGGUUGGCGGCACGCUGGGCUACCUGGCAAUGCUGGAUCCAGAUCUGGCAACCAACCCGUACGGCCUCAUGGCCAUCAUCUGUACGUACACAUUCCUGGUGGGCUGUGCCUCAUCAAGCGCCUACCGGAUGGGCAUUGUCUUCACGCUGAUGGCCAUGGCCUCUCUCAUUCUGUGCCAGUACCGCGGCUGCUGCGAUGCCACCGGGAGUGUCGAGCUCUACGCCGCGCGAGUGCUGAUGGUCAUGACUGGGUGUAGCGUGCCCGUGCUGCUUUCCAACCUAGUGCUACCCUGGUACACCUCUGACUGGGCUCUGGACGUGAUGGGCUCCUCCUUCCUGGCCGCCUGCCGCCUGGUGCGCAGCUACUACGCCAGCUACUACAACGACGGACUCAGGGCCUACACGGCUGUCCACGGCGAGGCGGCCGCCGCCACCGUGUGCGCGGCGCACGGCGCGCCCUUCCAUCCCCUCAACCACGACCACCAUGGCCACAAUCACAGCGCCACUGUCGCCGCCAGCUCGCCACAGCCCCUUGCCUCACAAGGCGCCAGUCACCCUGCAGCAGCACGCCACGCCGACAUCACUGGCGGCGACGAGGAGGCGGCGCCGCGAAUGGACCACGACCAGACUUUGUGGACGACUCCGACGGCGGCAUCAGGGGCGCCGCACCAGGACUCAGCGGGUCCGCCGCCAGCGCCGCUGCAGGCGCUGGUGGCGGACCCCCUGACGGCCGUGCAGGUGUCGUUGAUGAAGGACACGACCGUGUGGAGCCGCGGGCUGCUGGCCACACCGCCGGUUGUGUUUGCUGUGUUGCGCGGCAGCCAGGCGCUGCUGGACCGACUGGCGGCUCUGGCGCUCAUGGCCAGUGCGGCGCCGGCCCUCAGGGGCUGCUUCAGCGGCUGGGCGUUUGAGCACAUCGUGGUGCCAUUGUACGGCGACACCAUGUACGUGUUCGAGGCUGUGGACGCCAUGGCCGCCGCCGCCGCCGCGCAGCUGCAGCUGUUGGCUGGCGGCGCCGCCAGUCAGGCCCAGGUGGAGGCGGCGGCGGAGGCGGUGGCCGCGGCAGUGGAGGAGCUGCACCGCAGGAGGCUGCAGAUCCGCAACCACGUGCUCCGCCGCCGCGCCGCCUACCACGUGGGCGUCGUGUCGGCGCCUGAGGACCUCCUGCCCCGAAUGACCAACCCAGACGACGCCCUGCGCGUGUUCAGCUUCAUGUUCGCGCUUAUUCAGGUGGCCAACAAGGCCACGGCCCUGGCUCGGACCAUCAGCGCGCACCGGCGCCCCAGCGUGGGCGUGCUGGGCCGCGCGUACAGCGUGUGGUGGCGGUAGCUAGCUAAGAGGAGCGAGACAGCAUUGUCGGCAGCGUGUGUUCUUGACAUGCUGCUUGCUUUUGAUGAGAGGGAUGGAGGCGGUCUUGUGGUUUGCAAGGCACUGACGCACGAGAAAUGCUAUGAAUCUUAAGGGAGAGAAUUCGAAGUGCGUGGACACGUGCUCCGCACACACAUGUGAAUGCAUUCACACACAAGCAAGCUCACGGGACGCUUCAAAUCGGCUCGAUCAAGAAGGAUAAUGCAAAUUGUGUGCGGAACGCUGUAGUUCUACAUACACCACAUUCGGUACAUAACCCUGAGGAACACGCCUUGGGGCCUCUAAACGUGUCCUUUGCCACCUGUCCUACUACACAAAUUGUAUAACUUAGCCCCUGCGCCCAGCUACCACCGAUGAAUAUCCGAAUGCAGCACUGUAGAAAGCAGCGACGUUUGGUCGGCACGCUUCUAUAAGCGGGGGGGUGCCCCCCCCUGCUCCCCCCUGCCGGGGACGGGAGGGGGUGCAGCCAUCGCAGGGGAGGGGGGUGCAGGGGGGAGGGUUUCCUUCCCCCCUGCCGGGGACGAGGGGCUUCGGCGACGAGGGGGGCUCGCCGACCUGCCGAGCUGGCACUUCACCGUUCACGAUAUCGCCUUUCGAUGAUAUCAGUGAAUACAGCUUUGCUUCUAUUUUGUAAUAGCUUUUAAUA